UGAGAUUGACAAGCUGAUCCCCCACCAUAAUAAAUUAAUAGAUUCACCAUACAACCCAUCUUCAUAAAACCCUGAAUUCACCUUCUUCUUCUGUUUGAUAUUUUUAUUUUUAUUUUUCUUUCUUUCUUCCGGUCAGCUAUAGUACUGUAAUUGUAAUUGCUGGGGGGGAGAGAGAGAGAGAGAGAGAAGAGAGUACUCCUAUGCUAGGGGACUCGGGAAGCAGCGUGUUGGGGAGCUCCGGUACUGAUGCGGUGGCAGAGCACAUGGCAGCCGCCGUGCCAGCUCAUGACAGCGCCGAGGUUGGUGGCGUUGGAUCAAACUCCGGUGAAGAAGAUAAAGGUUAUAAAGGCGAUGAGGGUGACCGCAGUUACGGCGGAAAUCGGUGGCCUCGACAGGAAACUUUGGCACUCUUGAAGAUACGGUCCGACAUGGACGUGGCGUUCAAGGAUGCAAGUGUUAAGGGUCCAUUGUGGGAAGAUGUUUCCAGGAAGCUAGCAGAGCUUGGUUAUCAUCGAAGCGCCAAGAAAUGCAAGGAGAAGUUCGAGAACGUGUACAAAUACCACAAGAGAACCAAAGAAGGCCGCACGGGGAAAUCUGAUGGAAAGACUUAUCGUUUUUUUGAUCAAUUGGAAGCACUCGAAAAUCAUCCUGCUUCAAAUAUUCAAUCGUCCACACCGGUAAAGCCUCAGCAGAAUAUUGUUCCGGCAACGGUGGCAUCGACGGAGACGUCCGUAGCCAUGCGACCAUUGGCGCCGAACCCUCCAAUUAGACUUCCUCAGGUCACUGUUACAUCAGUGUCACAUAGUACUAUGAAUAUGUCUCAAGGCAUUAAUGUCGCACCAGCCGUAAACCUUACGAUUCCUUCGUUUCCACUCACAAACCCUACAAUUCUCCCACCGCCACCGCCACCGACAACGACAAAUCCUUCUCACACAGCAACCAUUCCAUCCUCUUUUCCGAAUCUUUCUACCGAUCUUCUUUCCAAUUCCACAUCUUCCUCAACUUCCUCGGACGAAGAACUUCAAGUCAUGAGGCGCAAGAGAAAGAGGAAAUGGAAGGACUUCUUCGAGAGGCUAAUGAAAGAGGUGAUACAAAAGCAAGAGGAGCUGCAAAGGAAGUUCUUGGAAGCCAUAGAGAAGCGCGAACAUGAACGCAUGAUUCGCGAAGAAGCUUGGAGAAUGCAAGAAAUGUCUAGAAUCAAUAGAGAACGAGAAAUAUUAGCCCAGGAAAGAUCGAUAGCGGCGGCAAAGGACGCUGCAGUGAUGACAUUCUUGCAAAAGAUAUCCGAACAGCAAAGCCCAGGUCAAGCAUUUCAAUACGACCUGCCGCAACCGCACCCAGCAGUACAAACAGCACCACCUCCGGCGCCACAACCGGCAUUAGUAGUAGCAGUAACACAGCCAGCACCAGUAUCGGCCCCAGCAACAGUACUUCCACACACAGUGACUGGUUUUGAAAUCCAGAAGUUCGAUAAUGGGGAGAACUGCACACCGACAAGCUCUUCGAGAUGGCCGAAAGUCGAGGUACAAGCCUUGAUCAAGCUACGGACCAAUCUUGAUGCGAAGUAUCAAGACAAUGGGCCAAAAGGGCCUUUGUGGGAGGAGAUCUCGGCCGCUAUGAGAAAGAUUGGAUACAACAGAAGCGCGAAGAGAUGCAAAGAGAAGUGGGAGAACAUCAACAAAUACUUCAAGAAGGUCAAGGAGAGCAACAAGAAAAGGCCCGAGGAUUCAAAAACUUGUCCGUACUUUCACCAGCUAGAUGCUCUAUACAGAGAGAGGAACAAGUUCGAAAACCCAUCACCAACUCAAGUACUAAAGCCCGGAAACACUAAUAUGGUGCCAUUGAUGGUAAGGCCGGAGCAGCAAUGGCCGCCUCAGCAGGAACACCCAUCGGACGACGCGGCAAUGGAUGAUGUCGAAAGCGAGCCGAUGGAUCAAAAUCAAGAGGAGGACGAUAAGGAAGGAGACGAGGAGGAGGAAGAUGAAGAUGAAGAUGAAGAUGGGGGUGGUAAUUUUGAGAUUGUGGCAAGCAAACGGCCUGCUUCAAUGGGUGCAGCUGAGUAAGGCUUAGCCUCAGAGAAGAAAAGCUCGAGGAAAUGUGUGUCGGGUCGAUCUGGACAUGUUUCGGUCCCGCGGGGAAGCGGCCCGGGUACCGGCGGUGGUGAAUUUAUUGGAGAAUGAGGAAUUACUUUGAAAAUAUACGGCAAAAACACAUGGGGGAAGGGGGGGGUUACUAUGGCAUAUAGUCGGUGGGAUUAUAUGUUUAAUUAUAAUUUCUAUAGAUUUUUUAAUUUUUUGGGUUAAAUAAUAAUUAAGUUGAUCAUAAGAGAAAGAGAGAGAGGUUCAUCAUCAGAUUCCACAGGAAUAAAGAUAAUUAAAAAGAGGAGACUUCAGUGAUAA